UUCUUGAUUUAAUAGUCAGACAAUAUACAAAGUAGUAAGAGUGGGAUUCACUUCGAUCAACAACAGCAUUAAAUAAACGCUAAUAUGAUAAUGAAUCAGUAAAAAUAAUCCAAAAUACUAUUAAUUUGACUCUCUCGAACGGGGGCUUUCUACAUAACGAUGCCUAUAGUACAUAUUUGUUAUGCAUACUGCUACCACUCAGUAGCCUGUGGGUCUGAUUGGGAGGGACAUAUUCAGUGCAAGGAGAUACGUUCUGAUUAAAAAAGGAGAGAUGCACGAUUUAUCUUUAGUAACAACACAAACAGUUAUCGCCUGAUAAGGAGACCGAACCCACUAAUCUAUUCAAGAAGGAACACUGCGAUUACACAUUUGCCAAACCCAUUCAAACCCAGAGGCGAGCAGGGAUGCACAGCAGCGCAGCGAAGUGUCAGAGGAAUCCACCACGGAAACUUUUCAUUGGCCGCCUCAACCCAAGAGCCCGUCCGAGUGUCGAGUAUACGAACAACGAUUGGUCCGUGUUCACCGUAGCCACGCCCCCAGCGGGUGACGUCACACGGGCGCUGGGACUCCCGUAAGUAGAGAUGGUGUUGUGGUCGUCCACGCCGCCGACACCUCUCUGAGUGCGCGCUGCCUUUCUUUGCACGGGAGACCGAGGGACCGAGGGAGCGCAUGGAGCUGAGCUCGGAUCCUGCGGCGGCCGCCAUGUCGCCGGUCCCGAGCAAAGACGACGACGACGGCGACGGCGACUACGAGAGCUUGCCGCCUCAUGUCUCCGUGGCGACCCACAUGACAGCCGGAGCCGUGGCGGGCAUCCUGGAGCACACGGUGAUGUACCCGGUGGAUUCUGUCAAGACAAGGAUGCAGUGCCUGCAGCCAGACCCAAAUGCACAGUACAGGAGUGUGUAUCAGGCUCUGAAAAGGAUCAUCAAGACAGAGGGGGUCUUCAGACCGCUGAGGGGCCUCAACAUCACCAUGAUGGGAGCGGGACCCGCGCACGCGCUCUACUUUGCCUGCUACGAACGCGUCAAACGUUCACUCAGCGACGUCAUGCAGAGUGGAGGCAACAGCCACUUAGCCAAUGGUUUGGCAGGUAGCGUGUCCACCGUUCUCCAUGAUGCAAUCAUGAACCCGGCUGAAGUGGUAAAACAGAGGCUGCAGAUGUACAACUCGCCCUAUCGAGGACUUUGGGACUGCCUCCAAACGAUAACGCGCACCGAGGGUUUGGGAGCCUUCUACCGCAGCUACAGCACCCAGCUGACGAUGAACAUCCCCUUCCAGGCCAUCCACUUCAUCAUCUACGAGCUGAUGCAGGAGCAGCUGAACCCUCAAAGGCUCUACCACCCCGGCAGCCACAUCGUGUCGGGGGCAGCGGCGGGCGCCAUCUCCGCAGCCAUAACCACUCCGCUCGACGUCUGUAAAACUCUGCUGAACACGCAAGAGAACGUGGCGCUGAACUCCGUGAACAUCAGCGGCCAUUUAUCGGGGAUGGCCAAUACCUUCAGGACGGUGUACCGGCUCGGUGGUCCCGCUGCCUUUUUUAAAGGGGUCCAAGCUCGGAUUAUAUACCAGAUGCCCUCCACGGCCAUCGCCUGGUCAGUGUACGAGUUCUUCAAGUACUUCCUGACGAAGCAGCAGUUUGAACAGGAGGCGGGGCCUCGGGCGAUGUAGCGGGAAGUGCUUGUCUGUGUGUGUCUGUGUGUGUGUGUGUUACUAUUGUUAACAGGGCAGAUGCAGGAGGAAGAGUUGAACGCUCCUCUUCUUCCUGCUCCACCCCACAACGCUCCGAACUCUCUCUUCUGCAUGUGGAGGCCGUAGAAUUGAGGUUUUUCUCCAAUGCUGUUUACAGAUGUUAAUGUUGGAACUUUUUAUUUAUUUUGUUAGCUUUCAGAGGCUUAUAUUUUAUGGAUGUGGAGGAAACGCAAUGCUGAUUGUUUAUUUCACUGUGUAUUUAAAAACAAGACAUCGCAACUCAUUCCUCAUUUCUCACUCUUGUUGGCAAUAGUCGCACAUGUCAAGUGCCUCAUGAAUAUUAAACACCGCUUCACCAUUUAUUUUUAUUUUUGCCCUCUGGUUUCUGACACAAGCUUAAUUUUCUCAAUUCUUUUGUAGCAGAGUUUUGUAAAGAGGGAUUUUAUUCUGAAACACGAUUAACUUGGUGGCUCUUUGACAUAUCUGAAGUCAAAGUUGAACUUGCAUAAUUGAGUGUAUUAUCAUUUUGCUUUAAAUGCAAAAUACCAUAUCUUCCCACUGAGAGACCCUCCUCUCUCAGCAUACGUGUGUGUCGGCGGUGCUCGUCCAGUUAUUUGCCUUUUUAAACCCAACGUUGCUCCUAAAUCAUGCUCAAUAAUAGUCCCAUUUAAAGAAUCGCACCUUUUGUAGAAAGACGGCAGUUUGUACGUAUCCGGCUGAGGGUGAGAUCAUUUCUGAAAAACUGCAUUCCACGAGUCCAAAGGUGGAUCGAAUAAAUAUAUCACUUGGGACAUUGUCCACGUCUCCACCUCCACGUUCAUUUGCACCGGUGUGCUGUUUUGACCUUGAGAGACCUGAUUUGUUUGUGUAUCAUAUUGACCUUGAACCUAAGGAUUGUCGAUGAUAAAUAAACAACUUUUUUUUAUAGUGCGACUGAAACUUAAGUGCAUACUUUCUGUCAUCCAAAAUGUAACUUUAACUUCAUUUUGAAACUGGGUGAUCUCUUUGUGAUGAGACCAGCAACAGUCUGAUUGGCUGGUGAGCAGGCGAUGCUAUUUCCUUUACCGUCACCCAACUUGUUGGAGUUUCCUGUGUGCUCACUGCUCUCUCUCUCUCUCUGACAUUCCUCCAGAUAUCGAUGUUAUCCAUCAAGCCGUUAGAUCUAUUUAUUUAAAAUGUUGGAGUUUUCUUUCUUUUCUCUUCAGAGUUCACCUGGUCACCAACCCUCAGCAGCUUCUGUGUGCUUGAACAGUGGGAUAAUUGUUACUAUACCAAAGACAUGCUUUGUAUUCUAUGCAUUUACGACUUGAAACCUGUCAUUACACGACUGUUUGCCCGCUUGGAAUACCACGCCACAUGUUUCGCCCCAUAGUUUCCGAUCAGAGUCGUGUGCAAUUAAUCACAUCCAUUUAAAAUCCCCUCGAGGCUUAUAGUCAGAAAAGCAUUUUCAUUUUCCUUUAAAAGAAUAUUUCAAUGAAUGUACUUGAAAAAAAAACACUUAAAGUGAAAUGCGUAUGUUAUUCUGGAAGGCUUUCAAUAUGUUUGGAACAUUUCAUGGUGACCUAUUUAUUUGUGGUUUUUUCAACUUCUUUUUAGAGUAACUGUUUCGAAGUCAGUUGGACAAGUGAUUUCAAUAUCACAUAAAUGAGCUGUGUUCUGAUUUUGAAUAUGAAUGUGUCGCCAUUAGCAUAGAUUCAUGAUGUUAUAUUCUAAGCCAAGUGUAAUUACAGUGUGCUGAGUUUGUUGCCCAUAUUGUGAUCAGUUUGAUUUCUCUGGGGCUACCGACAAAUCUCCACUUCUAAUAUCAAGUUAAUCAUUUGAUAAACAAAAGUAAAAUAAAAUCAGAUUAGUUGUUUUAUUCUUUGCAUUAUAAUUACAACCAGCACUAGUUUCCCUCCCCCAUCAUUCCUUUGUGAUGUUGAUUCAUAAACCCAAACUUUGUCCGAGUACUUUUAACAUGUUUCUAUAGAUGCUUACAUUUUAAAGGGGACAGGAGAGAUACUAUUCUAGAUAAGGAUUUAGUACACUCAAAUAAUUGAAAUGAGUGCUGGGAUGUUUUUUUGAGAGAGACCCAUCUCCAGAACAGGAAUGCUGGGAAGUAUCACCAUGCAAAUAUUAAAUGAUUGUCAUAAUGCUGCUACAGUAUGUAACACUGGAGCUGAAAUAAACAUGCAAGUGAAGAAUU